AUGGCAACCUACAAGCUCCUGGUCAUCCUCGUCUUCUCAGCCGUCCUCAUCGCCUUCGCCGCCGCCGACAACUACCAGGCCGACUGCCCCUACCCGUGCCUCCUCCCGCCGCCCACGCCACCCGCCGCGGCCGACUGCCCACCGCCACCCUCCACGCCGUCCGUCUACGGGUACCCUCCCCCACCGCCGUCCUCCUCCGGGGAGUCCCCGCCGUCGCCGUCCUGGAGCUACCCGCCGCCCGCCGGUGGCUACAUUCCCUACUACCAGCCUCCGGCCGGAGGCGGUGGCGGAGGUGGAAGCUACGGGCCGGUGCCGCCGCCGCCCAACCCCAUCCUGCCGUGGUACCCCUGGUACUACAGGUCCCCGCCCUCGUCGUCGGCGAUCACGCUCCGCGCCUCGUCGUCCGUCCUCCUGCUGGCCGCCGCUGCUGGUUUGGCUCUAUUGAUGAUGUGA